AUGUUGAGACAACCUACUCCCUCAGACUAUUGUCGACUCUGUGUUAAAAGCUGCAAUGAUUGCCAGCGCAGUCUCUAUGAUGAGACAGGUCAAGCUAAUGCCAACCAUGAUCUUGUGAGCAAAUAUUUUACCAACGCAAUGUUGAAUAUGGAAUGGAAGAAACGCCUUCAAAAUAUCUGCGGAGAAUAUUGGCAGCACAUUUUGGAGUUCCAUCAGUAUCAAGAGUGCGUUAUUGAGGCGCAGAAGGGCCUACACCUGAAAGAAGUUGGGGACCUUAAGUUCAAGCCUGAGGAAAAUAUAAAUCAGCAAGAAAUACAACUGGAGUUGCAUAAUACCAAAGAAUUUGGCAUUUGCACUAAAGAUUUAAUGAAACCUACGGAAGAACUAAUGGAAUGGCAUAAUGCCCAGGAAUUAAGCACUAGACCUGAAGAUUUGAUAAAACCUACAGCCCUAAGCUUUGAUAUAAAGACUGAAGAACCUUUGGACCUCAAUAAUAAUAGCUCAAGUGAUGAUCUGCCCUUAUCAUCUGCCAAUCUUUUCUCCUCAGUUAAAAAAGUAGUUGCUACCAAAAAGUCUGUAGAGGAGUUUGAUAAAUUGGUAGCUUUCUGGCGAUCCUCCUUGAAAUGUGAAAUUUGCCAUCAGCUAGUUGCCAGCUAUUCCCAGUUGAAAGAACAUUUUAGCAAAAACCAUGCUUCAGAAUGUUGUUACCUGAUAUGUUGCCAAUUGAGGUUGGAAUAUCGUUACGAUAUUGACAGACACAUACGCUAUCAUAAUGCGCCGCAACACCUGAAAUGUGAGGCCUGUUGCAAGGCCUUCCGUUCGGAGAGAUAUUUAAAAAAUCACGAAAAGAAAUUCCAUACCAGCAAGGGAACAGAUAAAAAUACUAAACAAGACAGCGUGAAUAGAGUGGAAGGGAAAUAUCGUUGCAGCAAAUGUUUGAAGGAUUUUGAAACGAAAAUGCGUUUUAGAAACCACAAUCGAUGGACUGGACGAACAUAUGGCCAGCCACAUAGGCGAGAAAAUCAUGCCUGCUCGUUUUGUCCCAAGGCAUUUACCUGGCGAUCUAGUUUCUACCAACAUAUGAAAAAAGAUCACCCCCAAGAAUGGAGCAAGGUCCAAAGAGAGACUCGUUAUUUGGCUAGCGAGAAGACACAUGCCUGCUCCUUUUGCCCCAAGGCAUUUAAAUGCCGAGCUUAUUUUUGCCAACAAGAAUGGAAUAACUUACGAGGACAUAAAGGGCAUCGUCGAGAAACUCGGGGAGAGAGUAUUGUUUAUGUUUGCACUUAUUGCUCCAAGGAGUAUGAAAAACAGAAUGCCAUAUACAGACAUGUCAAACGAUGCCAAGGUGACUAUACACCAAUUGAGCCUAAAAAGGGUUAUCGGCGAGAAACUCGGGCCGAGAGCAUUGUCUAUGUUUGCAUUUUUUGUUCCAAGGAGCAUGCAAAUUGGACACACAUGCAUUAUCAUCUCUAUAAGUUCCAUAAAGACGAAGAAUCUUUGGCGAAGAAGGCACCCGUAAUUUCUGAAUCCCCAGGGCCAGCUGAGCAGCAGCAGCAGCACCCGACUCAUAGUCGAGGAACUCGAAUUCGUCAAGUCUCUAGGAUUAUAGGACCAAAGAAGACAACUGAUGUAACCAACAAAGCAGCAGUUGCUAAAAUCUUAAAUCAGCUGGGCAAAGAAAGAGAGAAAAAAGAAAAAGAUAUACAAUUGGCCUCUAUGGAGGGAAAAGAAUUGGAAGAUGCAACAAGGACUAAAGUGAAGACCGAAAAAUUUUCAGCAGACACAAAUGCCUUGGAAAAUUAA